GUGUGUGCCGUUUAUCUCUUUAUUUCUUCACUGUCACAGACUGGGAGAAACUACGGCGCAUCUGAAAGCGCGAGCACAGGACAGCUUGACUGAAGGAUUUUGAUCAAAGUCAGGGUUGUCCGGUUCACAGUCGAGGAUAUCCAACGAGGAAGAUAUAUACUGGAAAAAUAUUGGAGAUUAUUGGAGAAUUACUUAGCGCAGAUUUAACUUCUCUUCGAAGGGUUUUCAAAUAUGCGCCAUGGAUAACAGGGAAUAACAUGAAAGAAACAAAUACGGCUUUUAAAGUUUUUUUCGUCCACAGUGACGCAACAUCUUCGAAUUAAAAGUUGCAUCUAUAUGUUUUCAAAGUUUAUCUAACGAUCGAAUAUUAAAGCGUCACCCACGUCUUGAAACAGGGACUAUAACAGGCUCCUCGUCCCAAAUCGGAGAAAUGCUUCAACGCUCUUGUGGAACGAAUAUGUUGUUCAGUUUGAUCUGAUAAUCGUGCAUUGGUAUUUUAUUUAUUUCACAAAAGUUGUAAGUGGAGCUACUGAAGUGUUUGAUCGUAAGGUCUGAACUACCUUUUGACUCUUAUUACGCAUCGACUGACUGGAUAUGCGGUGUGAAACCUUGGAAUUGUGAUCGAAAAUUAUCUGAAUCUGGGAUUGUAGUACCUCGUAUUGGAAUUAUGAUGAUUUUGCUGAAUAUUCUGAGUGUGCUGUUUUUAUUGGAUAAGGUGGUUCUUUCGACGGCCAGCCAUUCUGCCUUGUCAGGGCUGGGAACACACAGCUGGAGAGCCCCCAUGGACUGCCUGAGGGCCAGCGAGAUGUGCAACCAGAACUCACAGUGCAGCUCUCGCUUCCGUAUCAUGCGCCAGUGCCUGGUGGGUCGUGACCGGACUACCAUGCUGGCCAACAGGGAGUGUCAGGCCGCCCUUGAGGUGCUGCAGGACAGCCCGCUGUACGACUGCCGUUGCAAGAGGGGCAUGAAGAGGGAGCUCCAGUGUCUCCAAAGCUACUGGAGCAUCCAUAUGGGACUCAAUGAAGGUGAAGAAUUAUACGAGACCUCUCCAUAUGAACCAAUGCAUCUCUCUGAUGAGUUCCGACUUGCCUCCAUUAUUUCGGCCAUGGACUCGGCCUCCGUAAAAGGGAAUCCGUGUUUAGAUGCGGUUAAGCCUUGUAACCCCUGCCUGGAUGCUACGAAGGCCUGCAACCUAAACGACACCUGCAAGAGGCAACGCUCGAUGUACAUGGCCACCUGCAGCCGUGCCACUCCGAUACAGCAAGCUCAGGAACCCUGCAACCGAAAGCGCUGCCAUAAGGCCCUCCGGCAGUUCUUCGACCGAGUGCAGACGGAAUUCAGCUACCCGCUGCUCUUCUGCUCAUGCCGGGAUAAAGCGUGUGCAGAACGUCGCCGACAAACCAUCAUGCCUGCCUGCUCGUUCGAGGAGAGGACGAAACCCAAUUGUCUGGAGUUAAGGAGGACCUGUCGCUCUGAUCCGCUCUGCAGAUCCAGACUGGCAGACUUCCACAUGAAUUGCCAGACGACGACGCAUUCCAUAACAAGCUGUCCUAAUGAUAACUACCACGGUUGUCUGGUGUCCUACGUUGGACUCAUCGGAUCAGAUGUGACUCCUAACUAUGUGGAUUCCAGCCACACCAACAUUACCAUUUCCCCUUGGUGUGGUUGUCGAGGCAGCGGAAACCAUGAAGCGGAAUGCGAGGCCUUCCUGCGGGACUUCAGAGAGAACACGUGUCUGAAAAAUGCAAUCCAGGCAUUCGGAUAUGGUACAGAUGCAGGUCUAGUUCCCAUCACCGAGUCGCAGUCAGCGGUGCCGUCGGUACGAACCAACCUGCAGCCGGCUAUCAUCAACAAACACGUCAUCAGCUCAAACGAUGUCAAGCCAGUCGACAGUGCAUGUGUUUUUUCCACAUGCGCUAACCUUCAGGACGGUGAGGAGAAGUGUUCUCCCUCCAGCAGUUUUGAAUGUGCUGAUGAGAAUAUGCUGAACCCCAAUAUGGAGGGCUCCAUUGACUCAAUAGGGUCACACCAGACAGACAACAACAGAGCCAGACAUUCAGCUGUGACUUCUAUCAGCCUUUCUGUCGCCACACUGACGAUAGUCUGCGCGCUGGUCAAUCUGCUUCAGUAAACACAACCUGACUCCACAACUCCAGGAAUCAUCCGAUGGAAUCUUCUGACCUCAAUCACAGAACUUCUGCGACAUUGAUCUCUCUCUAUUUCUCUAAGUGUGUGUAUGUGUGUGUAUGUGUGUAUCACACGGCAUCUUUUCAAACCAGUCGCAACAGAAAACAACAAAACCUUACAAGGAGUUUUUAAAAGACUCCUCGUAGCACCACUGCCCAUCAGAGAGAGACGGAGGAAAGUCACCGGGAGGUUUGAAAAGACGUGGAUGUUGUGAAGCUGACAGUUCUGAGAACAGUGAACUCAAUGGAAUAAAACUUGAAUCUUUUCUUGCGAGGACGACGGUAGCCAACAUGCUACAAAAUACAGCCAUGAGUUUCAGAAGAAGCAGACCCAACUCUGUAUAUUUUCCCCGUCAGAUACACAGCGACCAUUAAAAAAAUAUAUCAUCAAGAAAAAACACCUCACACGAGUACAAUAUUGGCCACUGCCUUGAUCAUAACAAAAAUAUUAUAUGUACUGUAAAUGUUUCUUUAGUUAAAGGGAUAAAUUGAAUCUUGACAUGUGCCGUUUUUAAACAUAUUUGGAUUAUUCAGCGACAGAUUUUGAGAGGAAAGGGCUGUAGCGCACUGCCCCGUGUACAAUGUGUAAAAUGUUGUUUGUAAGUACAUGAGCUUCUUUCCUAAAGAACCUGAGCAUGCAAAGCAGGAAGAUGCGUGGAACAGCAACAAAAGGAAAGCCAUUUGAAACGUAUCACAGCGGAGAGCCGCCAGUGCCAAUGAUGUUCGUUUUAGGCCGUUAUUAUGUGUAAUCAUUUUUCUUGCCAAAAGACUUGGAUUAUAUUCAUCAAAGAAAAGUGCUCCGGGGAGAGCAGAACAAUAGAUCAAUCUGCGGAGAGGGUCAAUCGUCGGUGUAUUUUAUAGUGUGCAAUCUAUCGUGUGGCCUUACUUUUUUGUCUUUGCUCUGUUCCACUCUCUUAUGUAACGGUUUCUGACCGCACCACUCACGGAGUAUCGCCAAGACCGGCUGACAUAAUCUGAAAUGUUCAAAAAUAGCAGCUCCAAUGAAGUCUUGGUUUAUUUGUGAUGCUUUAAAAUGAGGCGAGACAAAAGCUCAAGAAUGUGUCCGAAGUAUUUGUUUAAAUCUGAAUAAAACAUCAUAGUACCGUCUACAAGAGUCAUGGUGA